UAUAAAUUCCCCUCACUCUCCAGCAACUCCACCACAAUCAGUUGUACAUAUUUUUAUAACUAAAAGCUCUUAAAACCAACAUUAUUCAAGAUUAGCAUAAUCUUGUUUUGGUGAGCCUAAUACAGAGAAGAGAGUGUAAAAUGGCCAAGGAUAUUGAGUAUGGCACUGAUCAAUACGCCCCUAAUAAGGACUACCAAGAUCCACCUCCAGCACCACUAAUUGAUGCAGAGGAACUUGGAAAAUGGUCAUUAUAUAGAGCCAUUAUUGCUGAAUUUAUUGCAACUCUGUUGUUUCUCUAUAUCACUGUCCUCACUGUGAUUGGCUACAAGAGCCAAAGCGACACUAAACAUAAUGGUGAUGAAUGUGGUGGUGUUGGCAUUCUUGGCAUUGCUUGGGCUUUUGGUGGCAUGAUUUUCGUUCUUGUUUACUGCACCGCUGGUAUUUCUGGAGGACAUAUUAACCCAGCUGUGACAUUUGGGCUCUUCUUGGCUAGAAAAAUCUCAUUGGCCAGAGCAGUUAUGUAUAUGAUAGCACAGUGUUUAGGAGCCAUUUGUGGUUGUGGUUUGGUUAAGGCAUUUCAGAAGGCUUACUAUGUUAAUUAUGGUGGUGGUGCCAAUGAGCUUGCACCAGGCUACAGCACUGGCACUGGAUUAGCUGCUGAAAUCAUUGGCACUUUUGUCCUUGUUUAUACUGUCUUCUCUGCCACUGACCCCAAGAGAAAUGCCAGAGACUCCCAUGUUCCUGUAUUGGCACCACUUCCAAUUGGAUUUGCUGUAUUCAUGGUUCACUUGGCCACAAUCCCAAUCACUGGAACUGGUAUUAAUCCAGCUAGAAGUUUUGGAGCUGCAGUCAUAUAUGGCAAAGACAAAGCCUGGGAUGACCAAUGGAUUUUCUGGGUUGGACCUUUUAUUGGUGCUGCAAUUGCUGCACUGUAUCACCAAUACAUUUUGAGAGCUGGAGCAGUCAAAGCACUUGGCUCAUUCAGGAGCAAUGCCUAAUGAUAAGAAUCUGCAGUUAGAGUAAUUUAAACAGAUGGAAUGAAUAUUAAAUGGUCAAAAUUGUAUAGUCGUAUUGGUGGAGAUGGCCUCUUCAAAUUGUUCUUUUGUUUGCUUUGUGGUUAAAUGUGCCAAACAUUGUCAUUUUGAAGCUUUUCUUCUUGUUUGGUUGCAUUUCCUACGUUUUUUUCCUUUCACUUGUAAAUUUCCUUCUUCUGUCUUCAAUAAUAAUACUGGAUUGAGCAAGGGCUUCUUUUA